AUGGAUUCACCCUACGCAAAGGAGAUACGAAUCGCCAUCUCCGUCAUCCAGCAGGCGGCGCUUCUCAGCCAAUCCAUCAUCACCUCGCCGGAUAAGGGCGUGACGGAAAAGGGCGACCUGAGCCCCGUGACGAUUGCAGACUUUGCGAUCCAAGCGCUUCUUUCCGCUACAUUCCACCACCACUUCCCAGAGGAUGGUCUGGUGGGCGAAGAGUCGGCCGACGAGCUACGCGCGGACGAGAGGCUCCUAGGACGGGUGUGGGGCCUCGUCGAGGGCGUGGGCAGUCGUGCCGCCGCUGCCGGCGGCGCAGACACGGGCGAUGCGGCGUCGCGGUUGUGGAGGGUUCCCGAGUCCAAGGAGCAGGCGUGUGACCUGAUUGACAUGUGCGGAUCUGGCACGCCCGGCCCAGGGAGGGUGUGGGUCUUUGAUCCGAUUGAUGGCACCAAGACAUACAUGCGCGGUCAAAUGUACGCCAUCAAUUGUGCCCUCCUCGUAGAUGGCAAGCAGACCCUCAGCAUCGUCGGCCUCCCCAACAUGUCGCCCGAUGCGCGGGGCGCCAUCACCGACAAAGAUAUCGACCCUUCGGGCCGGGGCACCGUCCUCUUCGCCGCCCGGGAUCACGGCGCUUACCUACUCCCUCUUCGCGGGGCACUCUCCGGCGACGGCAUCGAACCGCGGCAACUCCCGGCGCGGCGGGCCUCCACCAGAACUAGCGCCGAUUCGCCGGCGGGGCAAAGCCUCCGCUUCGUGACGUGCACCACGGUCACCGACUCGGGCAAUGAUGACCUGCACCGCGCCGUGGCGGAAUCGAUCGGCGCAAGCUUCCCCGGAUGCGAUCUGCUGCCGUGGGUGGCGCGGUGGUGCGCGCUAGCCAUGGGCCUGGGCGACGCCGUGGUGUGGGUGUACAACAAGAUGUCGCGACGCGGCAAGGUCUGGGACCACGCGGGCGCCAUGUUGCUCUUUGAAGAGACGGGCGGCAAGGUCACCGACGUGUACGGAAAGGACAUUGACCUGAGGGGCGGCCGGACGAUGGACCGCAACUUUAGCUUUGUGGCCGCCCCCGCCGAUUUGCACGCCGAGGUACUAGCCAGGACCCACGACGUGCUCAAGCAGUUUGGGAGGCGGGACGUUUUGGAGCAGUUGGCGAAGCUUUGA